AUGGCGAUCGGCAUCCAGGCGGCCACACACGCGUAUACACAGGUGGCGGACCACAACCACGCCACAACUUCAACAACAUCAAACUUCCAGAGGAACCUCGGGGACGCGAAGUCAAAGGAUCUAGUUCUGAAGGUGGACAAGGAGCUCUACGAUCUAAAAAAGGAAGGGCGAACCAGAGAAGAGAAGCAAAAAUAUUUGAAGAAGGUAUUUCUCGCCAUACACCCCGACAAAGGAGGUUCAGAAGAAGCUGUCAAGUGGUUCAACGACUGGAAGGCUUGUUGGCAAACAUGGUUCAUGUACUGA